AUGUCUAGAUCACAGCGUGAAAUGCGAACAGCUCAUUAUAGAAAAGAGACGUUUUUAAACUUGUGUAUGUUAUCGAAAGCGAGGCCUAUGCAACCAGAGUUGUCCCGACUUCUGUUUAAAGAAAAUUCUCUUGACAAACCUACACAAAACUUAUUCAACCAUUUAUCUUAUUAUCUUGUUACAAUUCUUGAUGCACAAGGUGCUUCUAAAUUGACGUGGCCUUUAUACGAUUCUAAAGCUGAAAGAGCCUAUAGGAAUGAGUUAUACAUAUUUGUGUGUAAUUGUAGCAAUAAAGGGUUAACACCAGUUAUCUCAUCGUAUUUUGUUAAUCCCAGUUGUCAUAAAGUUACUGUGUUAAUAUUUCAAAUGUCCUCCUUAGCAAUAAGAACAGUUAUUACUCAUCUUGGUAAUGAUUGUCAAAAGACCAUAAUCAAGGAGGUUGAUGAAAUUAAACAAAAGGGAUGUGACAAAGAUACUUUUGUAAACUUGGUUGAGCAGAAAACACAAGCUAUCCAGUUUAAAUUAUCUAAUCAUCUUAAUAAACAAAAAAUCACAAUAGACAUUGCCAGUAAAUUACGUACUAAAAUUGUGGAAAAUGAGAAGAAACUUACAGAAGCUCAGAAUUUUAUCAACAAUUUAGUAGAUAACUAUAUUGAACAUGACAAACCAAAUGAGACAACUAAGCAAAUCAUUUUAAACAUAAAAAAUGUAAAGGAAGACUGUUCAGUUUUUGACGAUUGGUUAGCAUACACUGAUAGUAAAAUUAUCCAAUUAGAAGAACAGUAUAGAAAAGAUAUCCCAUUUCUAGACUUAUGUCAAAAAACAUCAGAACUAACAAAGACUGUUGUUAUGAGGUAUACAGGUCAAACUGAAAAAUGUAACUACAUGAUAUCUUAUAACAAAUCUGAUAAAAUCAAUACACAAGAUCUUGAGCGUCAAGUAAAUGUGGAACAAGCCUGUGUUUUAAAGAAUUUAGAUUUAAAUGGAAUACUUAAUUUUCCAAAUUUAAUAAGGGCUUUCACAAUAGCAAUACAGUUUAUUUUAAAAAAUAUUCAAGUUGAUAAUCAAAUUUAUGACUUUACUAAGUAUUUACAAACAGGUUCAAUAAAUUACCAUGAAGUUUCUCUUGGACUACAAUCUGUUAUAGAAAGAAUAUCAAAUGCUGAAGAAAAAAUUGAGUAUUCUCCACCAUCUGUCAUAUUGCCACUAACUAAUGGUGGUUUUGGAGACAUAUAUCCAGGGACUCUCACUGGGCCAUCCUUAUCAAAUUUAAAAGCUGGCACAGACUGUCAUGCUUUCUUUGAAACAUUUACACCCCUCGUUGCAUCAAAACAGAAAUUCAGCUUUUACAGAACAGUCAGUAACAUGAAACAGCCAUUGAUUAUGAGUCUCCACCCACCAAAGGAUGACUUUAUGAGAAGCCUUUUAUCAUUCAACGUAAAUCCUAAUAAUCAAAUUAGUUCAAACAGUAAUCUAUCUGUGAUCUCACAUGUAAAAAGUAAUGAAACCAUAGCAGAUUGUGCAUCUGGCUUUACAAAACAGCAGAUUCAGAGACUAUUUUCUACAAAGAAAACCAGUAGUUCAAAAAAAUAUAAAUAUAGCAAUGAAAGACCGGCAAGUGCUAAAUCAACAGCACUCAAUUAUGACUCAGGAGUCUCAGUAGAGAGUUGUGUUUUAACACGGAGUUAUUCAUCUCCGAAUCUUUAUGAAAACAGAGAAAGGCGAUCAAUACCAAGGACAAGAGGGAGUAAACUAUCUAUUAUGAAGGAACAUAGUCCUUUAGAACUAUCUGGCAUAUCUAUGUUGGAUAAUAACAGUAACUUUAGCACACCGGGCAUUGCUAAUGCUGAGAGUACAAUUAAACUUAUAAUAUCUAAUGUAGAUUUAGAUUUAAAAGAUUUAAGUAAGGAAACAACAUCAUCAGCACGACAAAGCAUUGAAUGUAUGGGCACUCCAAAGAUGAACACACAUAAGAUUAAAAAAACAAGUUCCAUUGAAAAAAUUAUAAAUCGGUUUAAAAAAGUCAGAGCUAGUGUAAUACCAACAAAAGAGAGCUUCAUUGAACAGGAAGAGAAAUGUAUUGAAGAGGAGAAAGUUAUGAGAUCAAUUUUGCCAGUUUUAAUAAGCCCUAGCUUGUCAUUUACUGAGGAAAGUCGCAUAUCCUUUGAGAGUGAUGUGCAAAAGAAUACCCGCGAGAGUUUGGGCGCCGCUUUGGGUGUUGAUCAAACAUUUCUUGAUCAAUUUGAUUUAAUAGACUGA